GCUGAAAUUGAGACGAGGAGUGAAGAGAACACUUGUGAGAAAAUGUGGAUGAAGACAGCAGUUAUAUACACAGGAGUUUUCCUAUUGCUUUGCUAUUAUGUUCCAGCCACAGGAAACCACCUUUCCAGCCCUUACUCAAAUAAAGAUCUCUCCAACUUAAAGGUUCUUCUUGAGCGCUACUUUGAAAACCUGGGGGAAGAGGAACCAGCUGAGAAUAUGGCAGAAUAUGAUGUUGCAUCUCAGGAUUUGGAUAACCAAGCCAGCUCUCCAUGGGACAGGGAAAAGGAAAAAGAGGGACAGUGGAAUAUGGGAGACUCUAGGAAACCAUUUGACGGGUACAAAUCUGACAGCAGCCGACUCCGAGACCUCUUGCUAGCCCCGAGAAACAGCAGGGGCACUUCAGGGUGCUUUGGAUCAAGAAUCGAUAGAAUAGGUUCUUCAAGUUCCUUGGGAUGUGGUGGCAUGAAAAAAGGUUAGAAAAGAACACUGAAGAUUACACAAGAACAUACUAACUUUCUGCACAACCUAUUCCUUCUGUUACACUAGAAAUGUUUUUGGCCAAAUUGUCUUCAGUAUAUCCUCACAUUGUUUAUUGAUUGUCAUAUCAUUGCAAGUGUUCAUAUGUUUUGGUUAAGCGUUUAAUUGAAAUAAAAUCUAACAAAAUAUUCUGAAAUCAUCACUGCUAAUUAAUGUAAAUGAUCAUUUUUUUGUGUUAUUAGAAAGAUCUACUCAUGAAAAAUUUAGUGACUAUGUUUAUAAUUAUGCUUUAAGAGACUAUUUCAUAAGAGACAUUCAUGUACGAAAAUAUUUUCAGCUGGAAAUCUGUUUUCAUUAAAAUAUAUCAUGUACCUCAAGGAUAUGUGACAUUAUCACUGUUAGCCUAUACGUCUCCUUUUGUGUAGUGACUGUUACAAAGAGAGGUCUGAAGAAGCUUUAAAUAAAAUUAAGGAAAGACUGAA